AUGGAGCAGCACACCUUCCGCCGCCGAGGGCUCGGUCUCCGCGGAGUCGACGCCGAGCGCGUCACUCCAGGCUACGUUCUAUACGCACCUCUCACCUCAAACACCGCACACCUAGUCUCAACAACAGGCAAAGAAGUGCACCGCUGGACCCUCCCACACCGCGCCGGCCGCCACGCCCGCAUCCUCCCCGACGGCAACCUAGCCUACAACGGCGCGCACCCAGAUGCCCCGAACCUCUUCCCAAUGUGGGCGAAGUACCGGGGUGGUGUAAUGAUGCAAGUGAGCCCACAGGGCGAGAUCCUACGUCAAUACAGCGAUCCACUCGCACACCACGACCAAAACCACCUCGACGACGGCACAAUCCUAUACACAACGCUUGAACCACUCACCAGCGCCGAAGCAGCGCGCGUGCAAGGCGGGAUCCCAUCCUCCGAGGCCCCAAACGGCGUCAUCUACGCUGACUGCAUAAAACUCGUUCAGCCGUGGUCAACAAGCACCACCUCUUCCUCUGCAGACUUCGACGGCAGCGGUGGCCAAACCGGCGCCAAGCUCCUCUGGUCAUGGCGCGCAAUCGACCAUCUUGAUCCUACUGUCUUUGCUGCACAUGACCACUACACGCGCGACCACUGGCCGCUCAUCAAUAGCGUUUCGUUUGAUUCUGCUGGAGAUAUUAUUGCUUCGUCAAGGAAUGCGUCGAGUGUUUUUGUUAUUAGUCGUGCUACGGGUGCGGUGAAAUGGCAUCUUGGUGCGCCGGUUGUUAGCCAACAGCAUUGUGCUCAUGAGAUCAAUGAGGCUGGGGAUAUGUUGAUUCUUGAUAAUGGUGUUUUCAGGCCUGGGAUUUCGGUUCCGUUUUCGAGGGCGAUUGUUGUUUCGAAGGAGGGGGUUGUUAAGUGGGAGUAUAAGGACUUUUCGACAGGAGGUUUAGGGUUCUUUACGCCGUUUAUGGGGUCUGCGCAGAAGUUGGUUGGGGGGAAUGUUUUGGUUUGUGAGGCUGCUAGUGGCCGGGUUAUGGAGGUUACGGAAGGGGGGGGUUAUGAAAAAGAGGAGUUGGACGAGAUGGAGGCGAUUGGGUUUGAUUAUCUUAGCAAUGCCGUUUUUAGGGCUUAUAAGUAUCGUCCCGAGGAGGUGCCUUGGGUUAAGGAAUAG